AUGGAUGUGCUGAGCAGGAGCAUCAUAUUUCGUGAGAAUGACGACCUUGAUGACUAUUUGCUGCUUAUGAUUCGUGAAUAUAGGAGGAGGAAAAAUGCCCCAAGUAAUAGGCAUCGAGGUUCAAUUUUUGGCCAUAAGGUUUACGACAGGAACAGAGAGGAAGGUGCUAGAAAACUACAUCGGGAUUACUUUGACGAAAACCCAACAUACCCCGAGAAGAUUUUUCGGCGCCGCUUUCGGAUGAGUUCCCGUCUUUUCAACAGGAUUGCUAAAGCUGUUGAGGAGCAUGACCACUAUUUUGUUCAGAAAAAAAAUGCUGCUGGUGUCCGUGGGUUUUCCUGUCGACAAAAGGUAACAGCAGCAUUACGACAACUAGCUUAUGGUGUACCAGCAGAUUAUGUUGAUGAGUAUGUUCGGAUAGGUGAAAGCACUGCUAUAGAAAGUUUGAGGAAAUUUGUUAGGGCUAUUGUUCAUUUGUUUCGUAAUGAAUACCUGAGAGCCCCCAAUGUAGAUGAUACAACCAGGCUACUUAAUAUUGCUGAAUGUCGUGGAUUUCCUUGUAUGCUUUCCAAUGGUGAAGCUCCAGAAGUUAAAUACACAAUUAACGGACAUGACUAUGAUAUGGGUUACUAUCUAGCGGAUGGGAUUUAUCCUACUUGGUCGACAUUUGUCAAAACUAAGAAGGCUCCGACAAAUGCCAAGGACAAGAAUUUUGCUAAGGCUCAGGAAGCACAGAGGAAAGACGUUGAGCGUGCUUUUGGUGUCCUGCAGGCUCGUUUUGCCAUUGUUCGAGGUCCUGCUCGGUUUUGGGAUGAAGCUACACUACGGGAUAUUAUGGUGGCAUGCGUAAUCAUGCAUAAUAUGAUAAUUGAAGAUGAACGUGCCGACGAACAUAUAUACGAAUCAUAUGAUAGCAAUGAUGCUGAUGUCAGUAUGUUAAUUUCACGAGCUGGAACUACAAAGUUUACAUCAUUCAUGCAGAUGCGUGAAGAAAUCGAAAAUUCUCAUGUUCAUUGUCAACUUCAGAAAGAUCUUAUCGAACAUCUAUGGGAGCAGCGGGGACAAAUGGACAGCCAGGAGUAG